AUGGACGAGGUGCGGCGAGCGCUUCAUGCAGCAAUGCACGAGGAAUGGGAGUGCAAGCUGCGAAGGCUUCUCGGUGAGGAGCUGAUGGUGAUGCGGAUGGACGUACUGCAGAGGCAGCAGCAGCUGCAGCAGAUGCAGUUCGCGGAGCAUCUGCGAGCUGUCAAGAUGAUGCUUGAGGAGCACCAGCGAGAGGAGGCUGGCCCCCCGGCAGAGGUGGCUGCACCUGCGAAGGAAGUCAGCCCUAGGAAGGGCCGCAGCGAGUCUCCCGUCAAGGUGACGCGAAGUCAGGCUCGCCACCACACGUGGCACAAUCAGUCGAGCAGCUGCAGUCCUGGGAAGCAGGCCGAGCGCUCGUCGCUUUUGAAGUUGCCGGCCGAGUCUUUGCGCACCGUGGUUCGAGCCACCCAGGCCGCCAGGUCGCCCAUCAGAUUCGCGGAUGACAAGUCCGCGACGCCUUCGGCGCGUGCGGCUGCACUGGCUGCUGCAGCCAUGAGAAGCGAGAAGGAGGCUGCCUCGGCUGCAUCAAGGAAUGCAUCGCCUAUCCAUAGCCCGAACACCCGGGAGGAUGACAUCGAGUCGCGGUCGGCCAGGAGCGAGGAGAACGAGAAGUGGAAGCAGAAUUGGACUCGGCAGAUGCGGGCCCGUCUGAGCAGCCAGUUGGGUGAUCUCGGCCACGGUCCCAGCAAGAAGAAGACCAAGGGCGCCGUGACUCGCUCCAUGUCUAAGUUCAUUGGCGCGGACGCAUCAGCGCGGCACCGACAGACACUGGCACAGAUGUACCAGGUGCAUCCGCCCAAGACCAAACUGGAGCAGUUGGUGGACGGAACCGCUUUCCAGUUGGCGGUUGGCUUCAUCAUCUUUGCCAAUGCAGUCUUCAUCGGCAUCAUGACGGAUGUGAGUAUGCAGAAUGUCAUGGCCACUCCACCCCAAGGAGAUCCAAGCUGGUUCCACCUGGUGAACCAAAUCUUUGUCGGAAUGUUCGUCGCCGAGGUCUUGAUACGUCUCAUUGCCAAGAGGCUUGACUUUGUGUACGGCAUCGACUGGAAGUGGAAUAUCUUUGACUUCUGUUUA